AAUGCAGUAUAAGUAGCCCAGUAUCCUUAUUAAAUUCCCAAAUCAAUCUAACCUCUACAAUAAAACAAUGUUAGUUAAUUAAAUCUGAACCACUGAGAGGUGUCUACUGCAAAGUAACGCUAAUUAUUUCUCUGAGCGAGUUCAAAGGAUAGCGAGGUUAUCUCUAGAUUGUUUAUCGCUAUUAUUGCGCUAUUAUUACGUAUGCGCUAUAUUGUAUGUAGAUAUUGUGCCUCGUAUCUUUAUGACCAAGUAUGUCUAAUUUCUCAAAUAUUACUUUGCUCUUAGAGAAAAAGAUCAGCUGAAGUCUACUAAUACAAUGUCCAAUAAAAUAUAUUUUAUUGGUGUUGAUGUGGGAUCAGGCAGCGUGCGCGCUGCCCUUGUCGAUGACAAAGGUCACGUUGUCACCACCUCUGUCAAGGAACUUAAAACUUGGAAACCCAAACUGGAUUAUUAUGAACAAUCUUCGAAUAAUGUCUGGGAGUGCUGCAUUUUUGUUAUCAAGAAUGUCAUAAGCAAUAUCAACCCAGCACAUAUAAAAGGUAUUGGUUUUGAUGCAACUUGUUCAUUAGUGGCAUUGGACAAAAACGGCAACCCAAUUGCUGUUAGUAAUUCCAAUAAUAACGAACAAAACAUCAUAAUGUGGAUGGACCACAGGGCACAAGCAGAGGCAGACUUUAUUAAUAAAACUGAUCAUGAAAUACUAAAAUAUGUCGGAGGGAAAGUCAGUUUGGAAAUGGAAAUUCCAAAGUUAUUGUGGUUGAAGAAACACCUUGCUAGCAAAUGGGCAGAAUUUGGAUUAUUCUUUGAUCUCCCAGAUUUUUUAACUUGGAAAGCAACUGGAUCCUUGAGCCGUUCCCUUUGUUCUCUUGUUUGCAAGUGGAACUAUGAAUGCUCAGUUGAUGGCAAAAGAGGGUGGAACAUGAGUUAUCUUCAGGAGAUAGGCUUGGAAGAUUUAGCUGAAGAUAAUUUUAAGAAAAUUGGGAAUGAUGUUUUAAUGCCUGGAGAGAAAUGUGGAGGGCUGACGGAAGAAGUAGCAAACAUCCUCGGUCUUAGGGCAAACACACCUGUAGCAGCCUCAAUAAUUGACGCCCAUGCUGGAGGCUUGGGAAUGAUAGGCACUGCUGGUGAAGGUAUAAGCAAUGAAAUGUCCAGCCGUUUGGCCCUGAUUUGUGGAACAUCAACUUGCCAUAUGGCUGUAAAUAAAUCACCAGUAUUGGUGCAAGGUGUUUGGGGCCCAUAUUUCAGUGCUAUGGUCCCUAACAUGUGGUUAAAUGAGGCUGGGCAAAGUGCUUCAGGAAUGCUGUUGGACCAUAUCAUAUCUAGUCAUCCUGCUGGUAUAGAACUUUUGAAAAAACUUAGCACUGGAGAUGUACGCAAUCAUCUCAGAAACCUCUUGAUAAAAAUGGCCACUUAUCAAGGUCUCCCAGAUGUUAGCUUAUUAACUAGAGACCUACACAUCUGGCCUGAUUUUCACGGCAACAGGUCACCAUUAGCAGAUCCUACAAUGAGGGGCAUGGUGACUGGUCUAUCCGUGGACAAAAGUGAAGAAAACUUAGCUUUAUUGUAUUUGGCAACACUGCAAGGUCUUUCAUAUGGAACGAGACACAUAAUAGAUGCCUUAGUACUGGCUGGCUAUGAACCAUUCAAAUCCCUGUUAAUUUGUGGUGGUAUAACAAAGGACCCUCUGUUUGUUCAAAUCCAAGCAGACGCUGUUGGAUUGCCAAUACUAAAGCCGCAAGAAAAAGAGUCAGUGCUAGUGGGCUCAGCUAUUCUAGGAGCCAAUGCUUCACAAUAUUUCAAUAAUAUUGAAGAUGCAAUACAGAAAAUGGGUGGAAAAGCCGAUGUUAUCACACCUAACAUAGAUGUGAAAACAUUUCAUGAUAAAAAAUAUAGAGUCUUUUUGAGAAUGUUCCAGGAUCAAUUAAAAUAUAAGACUCUAAUGAAUUAAGAUUAUUUUUUUACAAAUUAAAUUAUGUUAAAACAUUAGGUAUGUAUAUUCACCUAAAAGGGACCACUUUAUGCAUUUAUUUUAUUUUGUAUAAUAUAUAUAUUUUUAAUUGAUGUUGAUAUAAAUUUAACACAUUUGUGAUUCACAUUGAAUAUCAAAUGUUACAUAUUUAUUUUUGACAUUAAAUAUUCUCUUAUUAUAAAA